CUUGUACAUUUGAACUGCCAGUAAGCUAGUGGCAGAGAGGUUAUUCAUACUUUAAACUCGAAUUCGUCAAUAAAUAUCCGUAACAUAGGGUUUUUAAUAAGUAUAAAAACAGGUUGAUUGUAAGAUUUAUUCUUAAAAAGGCAAAAAUAAAAAUUAUUUUGAUCCGAACAUUUGAACUACUACGACAGAUUAAAUUGACGUUUUGACAGCAACAUAUUUUUGACAUAACAACACGUGUUUAUUAACCUAUAAACCUUGUGGUGUAAACUUUUUCAACAUGCCGAAAUCAAAAAGAGAUAAAAAGAUUUCCUUAACAAAAACCGAUAAAAAGGGUCUAGCUUUGAAACAAAAAAUUGUGGAAGAUGUCAGGGAAUCCGUUGGAAAAUUUAAAAGCGUUUAUGUAUUCACCUAUAAAAACAUGAGGAACGAAACAAUGAAAGCUGUGAGACAGGAAUGGAAACCCAGCAAGUUUUUCUUUGGCAAAAAUAAGGUUAUUUCUAUAGGCUUGGGCAGAACACCAGAAGAAGAGGUUGAAGAUGAUUUACAUAAGUUAUGUCAAGUCUUGAAAGGCCAAUGUGGACUACUAUUCACAGACUGUACCAAAAAAGAAGUGAAGGAAUGGUUCGAGAGCUAUUUUGUGGAGGAAUAUGCUAGGUCAGGAUUUAAAGCAAAAACUACUAUUAAAUUGGAUGCAGGUCCCUUGAAACAGUUCUCACAUGCCAUUGAACCCUAUCUGAGGCAGCUUGGCAUGCCUACAAAACUAGACAAAGGUGUGGUAACGUUGAUCAAAGAUUUUGAAGUAUGCAAGCCUGGUAGUGUCUUGACACCUGAGCAAGCCAAAAUUUUAGAGUUGUUGGACCAUAGGAUAGCUACUUUUAAGCUCAUAUUGAAAGCAAAAUGGACUAGAGGCAAAGGUUUCGAACAGUUCAAAGUUGAAGACGAAGAUGAGGAUGAAAGUGAAGAGCAGAAUGAAGAUGAACAAAUGGAGGAUGAUAAUUAGUGGACUGUAGACAAAUAGGUGUUAAUUUAGGUUUAAAUAUGUGUACAUAUUUAUUUUUAAUAAAACUUUUAGUAUAUAGUA